GAGGCGACGAUUUUUAUAGGGGGAUUUAGUAUGCAAUUUUUAUGCACCUCUAUAAGUUUUCUCCAGCUUCGUCGCUUGUGCCGCGUAGAUGGAACAUUGAAGACAAUGGGCCAAAGCGCAGAGCAGCAGAAAAAUUAAACAAACUUCUUAGCAACCGCCCCAUAUUCCACUAAAAUCGCUUGCGAAUCAGACGUGUGAACAGCAGAAUGGCUAAUAAGAUGAUUUUAAAGAAAACUUCGAAUUUUCAAAACGACGACGCUGAACUGAUACAUCGGCAGUCACUAACCAGGGAUUACCAAGUAAUCCAAAUCAAGGAUGAGAAUCGGAGAAUAAAGAUGAUUCUCCGUGCAACUGACAACUCAUUCACCACGCUGGGGUCUCUGGAGACUGCUCUGGCAAGGCCAGUAACGGCCUUUGGCCGUAGUUCGUUCCCCAGGAAGAGUAAAUCCACCAGCCAACAUGCCUGCUAUCGUCAUAGCGUGGCUAAGGCUGUUGCCAAAAGUGUUCUACAACCAGCAGUCAGAAAGAGACUGCUGUCACAGGAUGAGGGGCAUUGUAAGCCGAAGAGGCCUUGCGUCGCUGAGUCCCGGGACUGUGAUAAUGACAAAAAGAGCCCCAGCAUUGACGGUGAUGAAUUCGUCCGAGUGGGACUCACCGCGAAAGAUAUUGAGAUACUGGACGAUGGGGAGUGGCUGACGGACGAACAUAUCUCCGCGGCACAGAGACUGCUCCGCCGUCAGUUCCCUGCCUUCGGUGGGCUGCAGGAGCCUGUCCUUGGGGAAAUACUCCAGUUUGAGCCCAUGACCACGGACGGAGCCCAGAUCAUGCUUAAUGGAGGAGGGCACUGGGUGACCAUCUGCAGGCGAAACAAUGAAGUCAAACUGUUGGAUAGCAAGAAUGAAGGACUUAAUUCGAGGCUUUCCAGCCAGAUCUUAAAUCUGUGCGGGGACAAGGCUGGACGAUCAUCUGGUCUCCAAGUUCAGCUUCCGGUGAUGCACCCGCAGCGAGGUUCUAGCGAUUGCGGACUCUUCGCUGUUGCCUAUGCUACCGAGGUGGCUUUCGGGGGAAGACCCGAAUUGACUGUCUUUGAUCAGAAAGCAAUGAGGAAGCAUCUUAAGUAUUGUCUGGAAUCACAGAAGAUGAAACCCUUCCCAAGGAAGAAUUGCGCCCAAAGGACUUCUAGAAAUGUUGGGAGCAAAGCUCAGGCACUCAGGAACUGAUGGAGUAAUUUUAUUGAAUAUCUACCAAUAAUCUCCACCCUGCUCAGAAUAGCAGAAUCAGGAAUAAAAUGUAUAAAUUUAAGCAAAAAUGGUUUGCCAGAUUAUGUUUACAUUUUAAAGCACAUUUUAUAUUUAAAGAAAAUAAUGAAUUUGUAGUAGGUCUAAAUAUUUUAUAAGUUAACUAUUUCCAUAUUUCAUGAAGCUGGUUUGAAAAUUAAAACAAAAUGGCCAUUUCUCAACAAAAAUCCGUGGCCGUAAAUAACAAUGAAAUGAUUUUGGAUUUGUAACAAAGCAUGCACUCUAGUGUGAGCAUUCCCAUUCUUGAGUGGAUAAAAAAAAAAACUAGCUUAUUAUUUCAUAGAAUAAAAAAUGGGAAAUUGUAAAAUAUUUGUUGUGGGCAUGUAAACUGAUGCAACGCAUUCCAUAAUAUUCUAAUGGUUAAACCGAGGAAUUCAGUUCAUUUUAUCAGCUAAUUUGGUCGAAAAUUCCAGAGCAUUCCCUUCACAAUAAACUAUUUAAAAAGUGCCACAUGACGUCAACUCAUAAAUAUUUUGAAAGGACAUCUAAAAAUAUGGUGCCGCUUUUAUGAUAAAGAAUUUGUCGUUCACUUAAUGCACCGUAU